AUGGUUUUGUGGGUAUUCGGAUAUGGAUCUUUAACUUUAACAUGGAACCCGUGUUUCGAUUUUGACAAGAAACUCAUUGGCUAUAUUAAAACUACAAACGCGUCUUCGAUCUUGCUUGUAUUGAUCAUAGAGGAACGCCUGAACAUCCUGCAAGAACUUGCACGUUGGAGCAAUCCACUGGAGCUAUAUGUCUUUACGUCAACUCAAGACAAAGUGUCGAACAAAUACUACUUAGGCCCUGCUCCAUUGGAAGAGAUAGCGAUGCAAAUAGCCACAGGUUCGGGACCUUGUAGGAACAACCGAGAGUACCUUUUCAAGCUUGAGAGAGCAAUGCACGACAUUGAGCAUGAGGAAGAGUAUAUGACCGAAUUGGCGAACGAGGUGAGGAAACAGCUAAACUUAUCAAAAGAAGUGAAGGCAUUGUUGAAGCCUGUGGUUACUCGUGUGCCCAUCAAAUCUCAGUCUCAAGCUCAUGUAUCCACUCGCCAACGGGUCCUUGCAUCAUGA